AAUUGCAAUCGCCAGCAGUCGUCACAUGACAGCGACAAGUGCGCGUGAGGUUUUCCUUCGGCAUUUCGGAUGUAGAGAUUAAAAAGUUGUUGGAGAAAGAACGUCGCGCUGGACUAUUUAGCUUUUUCGGAGUGUCGAUCGUAAAUUCAUAGUACUUUUAUAUAAUUUGUAUUGAGUGAAUAUUACCAUGGCUACAAUAAGAUAUAUUUUGGGUAACACAUUUGCGAUCACCUCCUCGAUCACGAUUCUUAUUUUAGUUUUGUACUAUGUAUUUACUGGCAAGGGAGAACAAAUUAGCAUUGCAUGGUUCUUGUCAAAUACUUCUCCAUAUAUGUGGGCUACAUUGGGCAUAGGUUUGUCUGUAGCCUUGUCCGUAGUAGGCGCAGCAUUAGGUAUCCAUACAACAGGAGUAUCUAUUGUAGGUGGAGGUGUAAAAGCACCUAGGAUCAAAACAAAAAAUUUGAUUUCUGUGAUAUUUUGCGAGGCUGUAGCUAUCUAUGGUCUGAUUACUGCCAUUGUUCUGUCUGGAAUGCUCGACAAAUUUGAUGAAAAAGAGAUUAUGAAAAGCGAGGAGCUUAAGAAUCAGAAUUGGUUGGCUGGAUACUUAAUGUUUGGUGCUGGUCUCUCUGUUGGUUUAGUCAAUCUUUUCUGUGGCAUAGCAGUCGGCAUUGUAGGUUCUGGUGCAGCUCUUGCUGAUGCGGCAAAUUCUGCUCUUUUUGUGAAGAUUCUUAUAGUUGAGAUUUUUGGAUCAGCUAUAGGACUUUUUGGUUUAAUUGUCGGUAUUUAUAUGACUUCCAAAGUGAAGAUGGGUGACAAGCUAUAAAUGAUAAGAGAUCAUAAUAUUCCAUUCCAUAUUUAGUCACCAAUAAAAAACUUCAAAAGUAUGAUUGCAUAUUUAUGAAAUUAUCAUGAAAUUAU